GGGUGGCAUAGGCGUUUAUGAGAAGCACAAAAUAUACGAAAAAGUCCUGGAUGCAAGCAGACACACGGUAGCCACAAUUACACUGGAGGUGGAAAAAGUUCGUCUAGGCUUGGUGCCCGUAGCACAGCGGUUACGAUGCCAGCCACAUACACAGAGGGUGGCGGGUUCGAACCCGGCCCGGAGACUGCUAAACAGCAACUGCAACAAAUAAAUAGCCAGGCAAUGUGGUGGGCGCCUGUAGUCCCAGCCACUUGGGAGACUAAGGCAAGAGUUUGAGGGUGCUGUGAGCUGUGAUGUGAUGGCACUCCACCGAGAGUGAAAUAGUGAGACUCUGUCUCAAAAAAAAAAGAAAAAAAAUUUCCUUGUCCUUUACUCAGAAGAAAGUAUUUUCAAAAGUUCUUUUAUUUCACCUCUUGUGGUAUCUCCUCCCCAUUCCCCCUCCCGUCUCCCACGAAAAUUAGGCACAUUCUCCACCACCGCCCAGGAUCUACAAGCUAUGUGCCCACGAGCUCUACCAGCCCAUUAGAAGUUGCUGUUCAGUGCAUGAAGGUUUGUGCCUUCAAAGAGCAAGAGACACUCCCAGGGGAGAUUCAGUGCCCAUUUGGACUUUCACAAGAAGGAUGGCUGCACAGGCAUCAACAUCAGAAGCUUCUGAGUCUUGGUAUUCUCACCCACCAUAUGCAAGAUACUGGCAACAUUAUAAUCAAGCAAUGGCUUGGAUGCGAAACCACCGGAACGCCUACAAAAAGGCCAUGCAAUUCUAUUUCAGUUUUCCAUGGCAUCUCUCUUCUGCAAUUUCUUCCCAAAGCUCUUGUGAUAAUGAGGCUAGAGAUCCUCAGUCUUUCAGUGACCAUCACUUAGUCCAGCAGGACUACCACUGCGAUUCACAUUUCAGAAGGUCUAGGAAGCAGCGACACGUUAGCAGGAGGUUCCAAGUAUCCUCAAGAGAAGACCAAACUUUCUCCCAAGAUGAGGAGGUAGAGACUGAGUCAGACGGAGAGGUAGAAUGUGACAUGAGCAACAUGGAAAUCAUGGAGGAGCUCCGCCAGUACUUUGCAGAAACCGAGAGGCACAGAGAAGAGCGACGGCGGCAGCAGCAGCUGGAUGCACAGCGCCUGGAUGACUAUGUGAGUGCCGACCAUGGCCUAUGCUACAACCCUCACAGGUCAGUCAAACCCCCGAUUGGGAGGCCGGGCCAGCGGCGCAAGGCUGAGAUGAAGCGCUUGAAUGCGGACAGUGCUGCCAAGGUCCAGGCCAUGGAGGCUGCGGUGCAGCUGAGCUUUGACAAGCACUGUGACAGAAAGCAGCCCAAGUACUGGCCUGUCAUUCCCCUGAAGUUCUGAGCCCUGGGCUCAGGGACCCCUGUGAGUGCUGUCUGCACAGGGUCCCCAGACUCACCCCCUUCCUUUUGGGUACACUUCCUUCAUCUCUCUUUCCCUACAGUUGUCAGGGAAAAGGAACUUUAUGCUGAGAUACAUGUUCACCAGAAUCUCACUUGGAAUUCAGCAGGACCUACACUGUUGCCAGCGUGAGAAAUCUUCUGACAUAAAAUGAUAAUUUUGUAUCUCCUGCAUUGGUUUCUGAUGCUGAUAACUGUUCAGUUCAUUAAAGUUCUUGCCUAGAAAAAAAAAGUUCUUUUAUUUAUAAAACGCCUUCUUUAAAAACCACUACAGCUGGCGCGGUGUGCGCGCCUGUACUCCUAACUCCAGAAAGUGAGGCUGGAGGACAGGUUCAGCCCAGGAGGUGGAGGCUGUAGCAGCUGUAAUCUUGCCUGUGGAUAGCUACAGUACUGCAGCCUGGGCAAGAUAAGGAGAGAUCUGGGGGGAAAAAAAAAGGAAAACUUAACCAGGCACAGUGGCCUACACUUGUAGUCCCAGCUAGUCUGGAGGCUGAGGCAGGAUAUCCCUUUAGCCCAGUAGUUGGGGGUUGCAGGGAGCCUUGAUGAUGCCCCUGCACUCUAACCCAAGCUACAAAGCAAGAAUCUGUCAUGAAAGAAAAGAGAUAUACAGGGCGGGGCCUAUGGCUCAAUGGGUAGGGCGUCAGCUCAUGUGCUAAGGGUGGUGCGUUUGAACCUGACCCUGGCCAAACUGCAAAAACAACAACAAAUAGCCGGUUGUUACAACUGGGACAUUCUACUGGAAUCUAGA